AACCGUUCACCACUUUCCGGCAAAGCCGCAGCAAUGGCAGAACUGCUACUCGACUCCAACAUCAGAUUUUGGGUUUUCCUACCCAUUGUAGUGAUCACCUUCUUAACUGGAAUAAUCCGGCACUAUGUAACAAUACUUUUAUCAUCGGAGAAAAAGACAGAACUACAACAAGUAUCAGAUAGUCAUGCGCUUAUUCGCAGCAGGAUGUUGAGAGAAAAUGGGAAGUACAUUCCAAAACAGAGUUUUCUGAUGCGCAAACAUUUUUUCAACCAUGAAAAUGAUGGAUUUUUCAAAAAGGAGAAACGUGAAGGUGUUGCCAAGAAUCCAAUGACAGAUCCAAACAUGAUGACAGACAUGUUGAAGGGUAAUGUUACCAAUGUAUUACCUAUGAUUGUCAUUGGAGGAUGGAUCAACUGGGCAUUCUCUGGCUUUUUAACAACUAAAGUGCCAUUUCCACUGACUCUAAGGUUCAAACCUAUGUUACAAAGAGGAAUAGAGUUACAGUCAUUGGAUGCCUCGUGGGUUAGUUCAGCAUCUUGGUAUUUCCUGAAUGUAUUUGGUCUGCGAAGUAUGUACACUCUUAUACUCGGACAGGAUAAUGCUGCUGACCAAACAAAAGCAAUGCAGGAACAGAUGUCAGGGGCGGGGAUGAUGACUCCCCAGGACCCCAUGAAGGCCUUUAAAUCUGAGUGGGAGUCGCUGGAGGUGAGCACACACAACUGGUGUUUGAACGGGGUAGAAGAGGAACUCAUUGAUGGACACAUACAACCAGAGACCAUUUACAUCAAAAACAAAUACUCAUAACUAGUGGACAGUUACAGUCGUAUCUCUUCAGCCUCAUUAUCCUUCAUCUAUAUUUAUUCCCGAUCACAGGUUGGACCUGACAUUGCUUGAUUUUGGUAUGGUCAUGUUCAGUUGAUGUUAAUGGGUUUUGAAUUUCUGCCAGUGAAUGCAUACCCCAGGAAGUACUUCGAUAUACAGACAUAUGUAUUUAUAUAAUAUUAAAACUUGUACUUGUGUGUACAAAACAUGAAUGAAUACAGUUAUGUAAAAUAUUAACUUAAACAUCGGUUAAAUUUCAUUCCAAUUCGGGAUUUCGACAAUCCUUUUUUCAAUUUAGCAAACCAUCUUUUCAUUACGAAGUACUGGUACAUGAAUGGAUGUACAAAUAAAAGCAGUAUGGAAUGUGGGAUCUUGUAUACCUAAUAUUGUGGGUUUACAUAACGCUCAAAUUAAAAAUAUGCCUGUGAAGAUUGAAGUUUUUUGUUUGUCAGGUCAAUGCUAUAUUGCAUUUAAUGAGUAUUUUUUUUAUUUUAUCAUUGCAUUUAAAUUUCAAAAUUUGUAUUGAAUGUCGUUUUGUGAAAGUUCUAUAUAUAUCUGUAAUGCUUAAGGUAGGAAAAAUCACAUUAGUCAGAAUUUUAGUAGACCUUAUGCUUUAGCAGAGACGUGUUCAAAUACACAGUUGACCUACAUGUGUUGGAGAAUUUUGUGAGUGAACAAUUGAGUAUUCUCAAGUCAUAAUAUAUUUAAACUUGUAUAUCAACUUAUCAAGUAAAAUGACAUCUUGUAAUUGAUGAAGCUCUAUUUAAAAGGAUGUUUAUCUUUAACACAGACAUGUUCAAAAACAGUGAAAACAGUUAACUUUUGUCAGAGAGUAAAAAUGAUAUGAUAGUUCACUACAAUUUUAUGUAUUUGGCGAUGAGAUGAAAAACAUAGUCAUCUGUCAAAUUGUCAAGAUGCAUUUUCAUCCAAAUAGCUCUAAUACUGCAGGCAGUCUGAGGUUACAUCUUUUAGUCUAUUAUAAGACCAUGUUAAAAGAUCCAUGUUAAAUUGGGGUCAAAAAGAUGACUGCACUGGUAUACGUGCCUCCCACUCUUGUUCUUCAAUUCACCUUCCCUACUUAUCCAGAUGGAUCCUGCGAUCUUCUGUUCUCGUUGCCCUCCCUUACAAGGUACUUUGAUGUUGAUUAAGUCUAUGAUGCCGACAUGACCUUUGAUGGCCGACUAAGCUCAAUACUAAACAUGAUAAUUAAAUAAUGAGUUGCUCUAUUUAGUACCAACAGGUAAUAAAACAUCUAUACGUUAAUAAUGACCGAUUUUGACAUCUGUGACCUUGACCAACAGUUGCAAAAUGUGUUUUUUAUUUUGAUUUUAGACCUAGUGAUCAUGACCUUAAUUUAGUCCUAUGGUUUCUUGUUCCAUCUAUGAACAACUUUGUAACUUUGUAACUAAAAUAAGUACUAGUUAAAUGUAAAACUUGUAACCAUGUGGUCAUAUGUCCAAAGCAGGAACUUCUCCAUAUCUACAUUAUAUACAUAUUUAAUCAGUGUUGUCUUUGACCUUGAGAUCAUUGUCAGUCUUUGACCUUGAGAUCAUCAUCGACUUGUGUUAAUAAAAAUCAGAAGUUA